AUGAUUUAUUAUUUUUUGGUUUCGAUAUUUUUUAAUGAAGAAAAUUUAGAAUCAAAAUUAAAAUUAAAAUUAUUUAUAAAUAAAUUAUCAAAAUUACCAAUAUUAAAUAAUAAUAAUAAUCAAAAUCCAUUAAUAGCAAAUUUAGAAUUAAAACAAAGAGAAAUCAAUACAAUUGAUUUAUUUUAUAAAAUAAUAUCAUUUGAUAUAGAAUCAAAUAGAUUUAUAAAAAAGAAUAAAGGUUCAUCAAUUGGUUCAAUAAUUAAUAAUAACAUAUUUUGUAAGAUUGAUAUUGGAUCUAGAUUACUUAGACCAGCAAAAGAGAAUGCAGUUUUUCAACUUUAUUAUAAUCUUUAUCCAUUGAAUAAUAAACAAUCAUCAAGUUUUAUAUCACCAACUGAAUUGAGUGUUAUAAAUAAUUUACCACCAAAUAUAAUACAAGAAGAGAAUAUAUUCAUUCAAUGUUCAUUAUUAGUUAGAGGUAAAAGUUUAGAUUCAUUUUUAGAGAAUAAAAUUAAUUAUAAUAAUGAAAUUCAGUUAUUAGAUGAUGAAAGUUAUUGUUCACAUAUUUUAUCAAGUCUUUUAUUAAUGACAACUGACUAUAAAGGUGAUAAUAUAUUUAUUGAAAAUAAUAUAAAUAAAAUCAUUGGAAUUGAUAAUGAUGAAUGUAUGGAAUUUGAUGAAUUAAAUAACUCUGCAAGUAAUGGUAAAACAUAUAUAAAUUUUAAAAAUAUAUUGUUUACAUUUAAAUCAAGAAUGUCAAAAGUUGUAAAUGAAAAUAUUAUAAAUCAAUUCAUUCAACAUCAACCAAAUAUAUUUAUUUUAAAUUGGUUAAAUCAAAUUUAUCAAGAAAGUAUUAAAUAUGAAAAAUUUAUUGAAUUUUCAUGUUUAAAUAUAUUUGAUGAAAUUUUAAGAACAAAUGAAAGUUUACAAUUACCAAUUAAAUUUAAAAAAGGUUGGGUUUUAAAAAUGUUAAAUAGAUUUAAAACAAUUAUUGAAAUUUUAAAAAGUGAUAAAGAUGAUAAUAAUAAUAGUUAUAAUAAAUCAAUUACAUAUUAUCGAUUAUUUAAGGAAAUAUUACCAACAACAUAUUAUUAUUAUCAGGGUUUGUUAUUAUUGGAAACUAAUCAUCCAUUAGAUCAAAUGGAAUCAUUAUAUUUCGAGCAAAAAAGACUUUCAAUAGAGGAAAUGUUUCAAAAAGUUAAACAUUUAAAUGAAACUCAUAUUAAAAAGUUAUUACAAGAAAUUAGAGGCACUCCUAAAAAUAAUGAAGGGGUUGAUUUAUCAAUAAUUGAAACUAUUAAAGAAUUAAUAAAAGGUUCAGAAUUAAAUGAUUUUAAAUCUGAUAAAGAUUUAAUGAAUUGGGUGGAAACCAUAGUAAAAUUAAAUAAAACUUUAAAUACUGAUAUGGAAUUAAAUGAAACAUUUUAUAAAUCAUAUCAAUUAAUUUUACAAAAAGUUUUAAAUUUAUCAUCACCAUCAUCGUUUCAUCUUAUUGUUAAAUUCAUUGAAAUAACAUUAAAUAAUAGUUUUAAUUAUAGUGUUGAUGGCGAACCAAUACUUCAUUUAAUCAUUAGAUUAAAUGUUUCAAAUUCAAUUGAAUUUAUAGAUUACUUAAUUAAAAAAUUAAAUAUUGAUGUAAAUAUUGAACAUAAUCAUUUAACAGCUUUAGAUUUAGUAGCAGAUCAAAAAAAAUUCAAAUUAUUUAGACAUUUAAUUGAUUUAGGUGCAGGCAAAAACUUUGAUUCAACAAAAAUUUCAAAUUAUUAUUCUAGUUUAUCUCAUUCUAAAAAAAUUAGAUUUAAACCAUUUUUAGAAACUUUAUUUCAUACAAAUCCAAAUAUAGCUUGGUGUAUAUCUUUAAAUCAGUUAUUACCUUUAGCAAAUGGUGAUGAUGAGAAUAAUAAUAAUAAUAAUAAUAAUAAUAAUAAUAAUUAUAAUAAUAAUAAUAAUAAUAAUAAUAAUAAUAAUAAUAAUAAUAAUAAUAAUAAUAAUAAUAAUAAUAAUAAUAAUAAUGGAUGUAAAAUUUUAAAAACAGUUAUUAGUGGUAGGAGAAGGAUAUUAUUGAAAUCAUAUGAAAAAUUAUUAUUUGAAGAAGAUGGUAAAACACCAAAGAAACCAAAUAAAUAUGGUAGAAGACCAGUGCCAUCAAUUAGUGAUGACUAUGGUAAUUGUAUUCAUUUUAAAUUUUCACCACAAUUUCCAGGUACAGAUUUUUCAGUUUUUAAACUAUCAGAAUUAUUAUUCCCUCAAGAUGGUGGAGGUGGUGGAUGUAUACCAUGUUGUGAAUUAGCAUCAAUUGAUGGUGAUAUAGCAGUUUUAUUAAUUCAAAAUGUUUUUGGUGAAACAUUAUUUGAUAUAUUAGAGAAAGAACCAGAAAUAAUCAACGAAAUUGAUUCAUCAAAUAUUUCAAAACAAUUAAUAUUAUCAAUGUUAACGAAUAAUGGUGAUGGAAAUCUUGGAAAUUUUAUAAUUUCAAAUCACUUAUUAGAUUCAAAAAUCUAUUCAAUUGAUAAUGAUCAAUCAUUUAUGCCACCAAUUUCAAAGCCAAUUAAAUCUGGUUUAUUUAAAUCAUCAUCUUGUAAAGUUUCAACUGUAAUAUUAUUAUUUAAUCAAAUGAACGAUUUUGUUCAUCAAGAUGUAAUUGAUUCAAUAAAUAAUUUAGAUAUUGAUAUGCUUUGUUCAGACUGGUUACAACAAAUGGAUACUUUUCAUAUAUUAUCUUUACUUCAUUUUAAUGAAACUCGUGAAAAAUUAAAAGAAAAUAAAGAAACUAUCAUUGGUGUAGCAUUUAGUUCAAAUAUGAUGAAAUUACUUUAUUCAAAAUUAAAUCGUUUAAAACAUCAUUUAAAUGAAAAUAAUAAUAAACCAAUAACUCAUUUUCAAUUAUAUGAAAAAUUAGAACCAUUGGUAGCAUCAAAAAUUAAACCAUUAAUUAAUGAUGAAAAUUUAUCAAUUAUUGAUAGAUAUAAUAAAUUUAAUAAUAUUAAAUAUAAAGAUAAUAAACAUAGAACAGAAAUUUUAACAAAGUCAUCAAAUCCAUCAGCAUUAUUAUUAGAUUCAAUUGAUAUUCCAAAAGGAUCCGAAAUUCAAAAUGAAUUAUGGAGUGCAGAUUAUGGGCCAGAUUUCGCAUUAAGAGAAUUGAAAAAAUUGAAAAAUAAAUAUAGUGAAAUUAAAAAUAUUAUUAAAAGUAUUGAAUCAGGUAAUUUAAAUGAAAUUUCAGAUUUUCAUUUUGAAAAUUAUUUAAAAAAAACAAACUUUUUAAAGAAGACAAAUGAAAAACAAAAACUAUUAUUCCAAUCUAUUAAGGAAAGAAGUAAUUUGACAAGUAUUUUCAUUAGAAAUAGUCAAUUAUUGCUUGAGCUUUCUACAAUUAUGUCACCAAAUUUUAAUAAUUUAAAUGAAAUCAAUUUUUCAAAUUGUAAAAAUUUAAAUUUCAUUUGUGGUUUUAUUGGUAUGAUAAGAGUUCAAUUAUCAUUACCUUCAUUGCAAAUUUUAAAUGUUUGUGGUUGUGAAGAACUAUAUUCAUUAAAAUUAAAUUGUCCAAAUUUAAUUACUCUUUUAGCAUCAAAUUGUAAAAAUUUAAAUGAAUUUGAUAUUUUAGCGCCAAAUUUAAAUGAAAUUAAUUUAAAUUCUUCAAUAAAGUAUAAUAGUAUUUUCAAUUCAUUAUCAAGUUUUGGAAAUUUAGAAAAAUUAGAUAUUUCAAAUUCAAGAAAUUUAGGUAGUAAAUUAAAAUUUAAAUUUGAAAAUUUAAAAUAUUUAGAAGCAGUUUCAAUUUAUCAAGUUUGUGAAAUUACAUUUAAUUUACCAAAUAUUCUUUCAAUUAAUAUUGAUGAUUGUAAAGAUUUAAAAGAAAUUAAUAGUGAUCGAUAUCAUGACUGGGCAUGGGAAGCAUUAAAAGCUAAUCGACGAAAUAAAAUCAUUUUUCAAGGUGAUAGAAAUUCUGUAAAUUUAAAAUUAUUUAAUGUUAAACUUAAAGAACUUCCAAUUGUUGAUCAAGAUUAUGUUAUACUUUUUGAUUCAAAAUCAUAUUAUAUUCAUUCUGAUAAUGCCAUUCAAGGUUUACAUAAUUUUUAUAAUAUUAAAAAACCAUUAACUAGAAAAACAAUACCAUCAUCAGUUGAAAGUUUAACAAUUCAUGAUGGAUUUAAUUACCCAAUAACUAAAGGUAUAAUUCCAAAUACUGUCAACAGACUUUCUCUAUAUCGUAUUAAAUCUGAUUUUGAAUUGGGCGCAAUUCCAUCAACUGUUUUUUCAUUAUCACUUAAAGCUGGUUUUAACCUAUCACUUCAACCUGGCUUCAUUACCAAUGGUGUUAAAUAUCUUUCAAUAUCAGAAAUUCAAAGUGAACUGAUGGAUGGUUCAAUUCCCCCCUCUGUUAGUAAUCUUACAUUGGAAGAUGGAUUCAACCAAGAAAUUAAUAAUGGUAUACUUUCUAGUGAAUUAAAAUACCUUGAUUUAAAAUUUAUUUUAUAUCCAUUAAAAGUUGGUUCAAUCCCACCGACAGUAGUUGGAAUAUCAAUUGAUGGAUAUAAUCAUUCACUUAAAGGUGGCGUCAUUCCCUAUGGCGUUGAAACUUUAAGUUUACAUAAAGUGGAAGAACCUUUAGAUUCAACAUGUAUUCCAUCAUCAAUUAAAACCAUUUUCAUUUAUGAUGAUUUUAAUCAAAAAUUAUCAAAUGGUGUUAUUCCAUCAAGUGUUACAGAACUUUAUCUACACGCAUUUAAAGAACCUUUAGAAAUUGGUUCAAUACCAUCAACUGUUAAAAAAAUAUCUCUUUAUGAUGGAUUUAAACAUCCUUUGGAUGGUAAAGUCUUACCAGAAGGUAUUGAAACUCUUGAACUUUACAAUACAGUUCAUCCUUUAGAAAAAGAAUCAAUUCCAAAUUCUCUUUUAAAAUUAGAAAUAAAAGACUCAUAUGAUCAUAUAAUACCUCGAGAUAUACCAAAUCAUAUUACACUUAAAUUACCUCAAAGAAUUUUAAAUUCAAGAUCUUCAAUUGUUUCAUCUCAACCUUAUAGUAAUACAUUAACUGAAAUAAAUAAUAAUGGCAUAGUCAAGAAUUUAUUGUUUUUUGGUACUCUUUUAGCUAUUGGUAUGAUAAGCAAAAACAAAAACAAAUAA